UGCGAUCAGUCGUGUUGUCAAACUGAAAGCGUCAAGAUGAAAUCGCUGGUCGUGUGCUCCCUGAUCGGAUUGGUGGUCCUGAUGGCCGCUGGCCAAGUUCGCGCCGACUGCGACGAGGCCAAGAAACCCGAGGACAGCGACUUCACGCACUUCUUCAAGAACCUCGGCUGCAAGGUCAACCAGGGCGCCAAGGAUGUGGCCGAGGCGGCGAAGCCCUACACCGACAAGAUCGGCGAGGGCGCCAAGGAGUUCGGCAGCUCGGUGGCCCACAAGUACGAUGAGCUGAAGCACAAGCUCACCGACGAUGCCUCCACCACGCCCAAGGUGCCGGUGACCUACGACGCCCCCACCGAGAAGGUCCUCCUGGCCCCCAUCGGUGGACCCAGCUCCCCGGCCCCGUGAGGCACUCACAACCGGCUGUAGGAGACCCCUCGUUGCAUUGUUUGCACAUUUCUUUGUUUUUUUUUCUUGUGAUCUAUAUAAAUAAAUAAAAGCUAAUUCAAGUGAUGUUGGAA